AUGACCACCAACCCCGUCCUCCUCUCUAAAAGGUUGAACGUGCUGGUCUAUUCUGGUGCGCAAACUUAUUCCGAUUGGAAAACCAAUAUUCUGACCCCCGCUGCUCCAGGAAAUGGAACUACCGUCGACGCCGUCCGCCACUGCCUCUACUCUCUCCGCCGGCUCUUGGCUGCGAACUACGCUGUGAUCCCCGUAACGGGGCAAAUGAUCGUCAAUGAGCCUUGGACUGCUUCCUGUGCGCUGCUAGUAAUGCCUGGCGGCGCGGACUUACCGUACUGCAGGACUCUGAACGGCGAGGGGAAUCGGAGGAUUAGUCAAUUCGUUCAGCGGGGCGGGGCGUACCUGGGCUUUUGCGCGGGCGGUUACUUUGCCAGCAAACGGUGUGAGUUCGAGGUUGGGAACAAGAAGCUGGAAGUUGUUGGUGACAGGGAGCUGGCUUUCUUUCCCGGAAUAUGUCGAGGAUGUGCGUUUCCCGGGUUUGUAUACGAUAGUGAAGAUGGUGCUCGAGCGGCGGAGCUCAAGGUAUCAAAAUCUGCGCAAGCGUUUGGGUCCGUGCCGGAGGUUUUCAAGGCUUAUUAUAAUGGCGGAGGUGUCUUUGUUGAUGCGCCUAAAUAUGCGGACCAAGGGGUGGAAGUUCUCGCUAGUUACACGGAAGAUCUCAGUGUGGACUCUGGAGAGGGCUCGGCUACGGUCGUUUACUGUAAGGUGGGCGAGGGAGCAGCAAUCCUCACUGGGGCUCAUCCAGAGUUUGUAUUUCCUGCAAAGACGAUUGAUAGCUGGGAACUGACGAAGCCCAGGUUUGCUGCCUCCAAUCUUGACAGAAACGCUGAUGGGCCCGAAUAUCACAAAAUCGUCGAUGUUUUGGCUGGAGACGAUGAAUCGAGGGGGGGCGCUGAGCUGAUCUCCGCCCUUCGAGAUAUCAUUACCGUGACUGAUGGAGAGGAGUAUAUUAAAGACGAUAUUGAUACUUUCCAUCUCAAGAAACCAUCGUCAAUGGGAAUGAGAGAUAUAGCUGAAUCCCUGCCUGCUGGCAUUUCGAAAACUGGCCAAGGGGGUGAUUCUGACACAUUCUUGGAUUAUAAUUCUGUUAUCAAAGAAGUGGUUGUUCAUGACGAAAUUCCUUCCUCCAAAGCUACCCCUUCCUUCAACCACCACGCAUUCUACGGAAAUCUCAAGGAAUACCGCUCGCAGUCGAAAGAGGAAAUUCAUGAAUUCGGCUCGAAUAUAUUGAAUACGCAACUACUCCGAAGGCUCCCACAUGGAUUCGUGGCUACUGCGACGGUCCAAGUGGCCGGACGAGGCCGCGGGUCCAACGUCUGGGUCUCGCCAUCUGGUCAGCUAAUGUUCUCAAUCGUCAUAAAGCACGCCGUCAGCAAUAUGACCCGCGCUCCGGUGGUGUUUAUACAGUAUAUCGCCGCCAUCGCCAUCGCCCAAGGCAUCAAGAGCUACGACAAGGGAUAUGAAAACAUGCCCAUAAAACUGAAGUGGCCAAAUGAUAUAUGCAUUCUCGUAAAUGCCCACUACUCCUCCGCAGAAUACAUCGCCGUCGUCGGCAUCGGGAUCAACGCCCUAAAUCCCUCCCCAACCACCUCUCUUCACGCCCUCUUAUCCUCCCUCGCCCAGAAAUCACCCUCCAAUAAAAGUCUCCCCCCGCUAACCCUCGAGAAGCUCCUCGCCCGCAUCCUCACCGCCUUCGAGUCCUUAUACGCCCGCUUCCUACGCACAGGCUUUGACGAGCAUUUCUUCGACCUGUACUAUGCAGACUGGCUGCAUAUGGAUCAAAUCGUCACCCUGGAGGCGGAGGGUGGGGUGAGCGCGCGCAUCAAGGGGAUCACCAGUGAUUAUGGCUUGCUUGUGGCGGAGGAGUUGGGGUGGGAGGACCGUCCUACGGGGAAGACGUGGGAGCUUCAGAGUGACAGUAACAGUUUUGAUUUCUUUAAGGGUCUGAUUAAGAGGAAGAUGUGA